AUGAAUUAGCUGCUGGAAGACUUGAUUUAACAAUUUAUAAAGGAUGGAGAGGAGAAGCAGAGUGAACAAAUAAGUCGUUAAGUAAUGUAAAAGCAUCCUGUUGUCUACUUGUGCAAAUGUUCUGAGAUUUUAGAUGAAAUGACUGAAAUAAAUAGCGAAUACAUCAGAGUACUUCGUUUAACACUUCAGGUUUCUGGGUUGUUAACUCGAACAGAGGAGGCCAAAUUAGGAGUCAUAUAAUGCACUCAAGUGUUAAAACGAAUUAUAAAUCGAAUUCUGAGUCAACCUUAAAUUUCAGAGGAGUUGAAUUAAUUGCUCACCGAUAUCCACAUCAAAUUAAUGGAUGUUUUUGAUGAAUUGAUUAUCAAUCAUAUUUCUGAUUUUUUUGAAUCUGGACGUGUUCCUGAAAUAGUUAUUUUGAAGAUCAUUUAGCAGAUUUUCGAAUCAUAAAGUAAAGAAUACUUUAGACAAUUUUCAUACGAAAUAUUAUAAAAGAUUUUAUCAUCUCUCUCUCUUGUGAAGACUGAUUAAUGUAGAUUAGAUUAUUGUUCAUUGUUGCAAUCUAUUUAUAAAACACUAACUCAUUUCGAAGAGAAUCAGAUUUAAAUUAAUCAGGAAUAGGUUUAAAAUGUAAGUUGGCUUAUUUUUGACUAAAUCAUCAAAGAUUGGAUGCAAACUACCACUUAAGUUUAAGUGUUGUCUUUGGUUGGAUUUAUGAGUUAAUUUAUAUCAAGGGAUAGAUUGGAACGAAGUCUAGAAAGAUUGACAUCUGUAUAUUUGAGUGUUUUGAAACAAAAAAGCAAUUAAUUAAGACCAUUGUUUGAAGGUUUCAAUAAGUUCCUGGAAAGAUUAUACCAUUUGGACAGAAUUGGAUACGAGGGAAUCAUAAAAUCGAUUAUGGUUUCAUUGUAUGAAUUUUACAAGAAUCCAAUCUUCUCUCCUAACUACCCAUUUGAUCCAAAUGCUUUGAAGUAUAAGAAUGACUUAUUGACCCUUUUGCAGACAGUAUCAAAGUUUAAUAUAGAUAAUUGUUUAGAUCUGUUUAUUGGUAGAAUUAAUAGUAAGGAUUAGAUAGAGAGAGUUUCAUGUCUAUGGAUUUGCAAUUUCAUUUUGUCUAGAAAUUUCAAACUGAUCUCUGAACCAUACAAAAGACAAUUAGUGUUAUAAUUACUAAAUUUAUAAUUUGAAUAAGAUUGCGAAGUGAGAUAUUCAAUUUGCGAAAUCAUUUUACAAAUCUACUACAAACUAAAAGAUGAAGAAUUACCAAUCAAUUAAACCUACUUGGACGUUAAAGCUCUCCUCUUUUAUUUGUUUAAUCAGGUAUCGAUACAUGAUAAGGAAUUGGAGGAAUACGGAAAGUAAAGGGCAGCACCAUUCGAGACGACCUUAGAACUAUUGAAGAGUAGAGCUUAAAAGGUAUUGACAACACUUUCAUAAGAUCAGUAUUUUUAUGAUUUAUUAUGGCCGAUGGGAUUGGAAAUUAUUAAUAACCAAAAGUUUUCUCCAGGAUUAUCUCAUAUUUUUAAAUGUUACACUUAGAUCUUGCAAAAAUUAAGCAUUAUCACUCCUAAUUCCCCUGUUGCCUAACAUGUUAUCGUUGUGAGAAUGCUACUGCUAAUUUAGAUUCCAUACUUCUUUCCAAAUUUAGGAUUUGAAGCUGUUAAUUUCUUGCCAUAUUUGAUAAAGACAUUUGAUUUGAAGGUCCCAAGUAGUUUUCACUAAAAUGUAGAAGCAUUGAAACAAUAUCUCAUAAAUAAAAAGCCUUUGGAUGAAUUUUAUGAGGAGAAGGUAUAAUAAAUUUGGAAGGUUUGCUUAUCAUUAUUCAUUUAAAAUAAAGAACUCUCUUAAAUCGAGGAGGACUUUUAGGUUUAACUAAGCAUGUAUUUAAAUUCACAAGCCUUGAGAUUGCCAAUAAUGAAAAUGUAAGCAACUCUAAUGAGUUUUCUCACUAAUUAGGAAACAAUUAAAUACAAUUUAGAUAAGUUGUUUAGCAUUUGUCAUCAAGAAUACACAAAUCAAGCUCUAAAUCUCAAUGUCCCAAUUUAAGAGCCAGACUUCAAUCUUCGACUUUGUGUAGCUGAAUGCUUUGGUUACAUCGGAGAAAGACACACUCAAUUAGUAUUAGAUAAAGUCAAGUCAAUUUUAAAUUGCGAAGUGAUUCAAAAGAAGAAUACAGGUUCAUUCAAGGAGAGUGUUUUAUCAAUUUUUUAAAAAAAUGGCAGUGAUGAAUAUUUGGCCUCCUUUAGAGCUACGCUACUAAUAGCCUAUGGAUGUUUAGCAAAAUAAGUUUCUUUAGAAACAUUGGAGAAGAAUAUCCUACCAAAUGUUAUGCCAUUUAUUGGACAUGAACAAUUGUUCAAUUCUCUUUAGAUCUCUUUAGAAUCCAUAAGCAAAGCAAUCGAAAGAUCUAUUGAAAAUACAGAUGAAGCUGCUGCAUCCUCAUUUUUGUUGAGUUACUAAAAAUAUAGAGAAUAGGUGUUGAAUCACUGUUAAAAAAAUAUCACUCGAGGAAAUAUAUUUAGGAAUCUUAAUACAAUUAAUUUACAAUAUCGUUUGGCUCCGGUUGAGUAUAAUAAGGCUAAAUAAUUAUUGAGUUAACAUUUGGAUUAGAAGUAUGAUCUUUCAAUUGAAUAAGUCAGUCUUACGUUUUAAAACUGUUUUUUGUUGUUUUUGGGAACAGUUAAAUUGGAAGAAGACUCUUAAAGUAUUUCAGUUUGGCAAUCUCUAUUGUAUUUAAUAAAAUCAAUUAAGGAUAAUGAUUAAUUGAUAGAAGUUUUGUAGAAAAGUAUUUAGAGAGUGAAACUAAAGAUGGAAUAAAAUCAUAAGAAUUAUUUUAAGGUAAUUUUGACUUUACUUUCAAUAUAAUAUCGUAAUACAAAUGCAAAAAGGUCGGUUGUCUUGAUUUUAGAAAAGGUAAUGUUAUCUUUGGGAGUAUAUUUGGAUAUCUACUAAAAAACUGAUGAAGAGUUUAAUUCUUAAGUAAUAAAAUCGUUAAGAGAGAAACUGCAUCACAAUGAAUUGGCAGUCUUGAUGUAGGAAUUAUAGAAUCUCAUCACUGAGCCAAUCGUUGAUUCACUACAUGGAUUUGUCUCUCUUAUUCAAUGCAUAUAUCAAAGUGACUAUGGUGAUUUAAAUAAAGUUCUAUUUCUAUUAUAAUCCAUUUGUCAAUAGGGAGCCGGAUCUUCCUCUGAAGAAGUGAUUAAUUCUAAUCUCAGCAAAGCAAUGGAUUUAUUGGCAUAAAAUAAUUUGAGUGAUUCUUUGAAGGUUCUUUUGGAUAAUCAAUCAGAAUUUCCAGUGAGUAUGUUUCCGAGAUUGUUUCUUAAUUGUGUAAGUUAAAAAAAGACUUUUAUGGUGUAAAGCUUUAAGUUUUUAACAGAUGUGUUAAAUAAUCCAGAAGGAAUUAUCACUGGAGAUAUUGGAAAUUAUUUAGUUAAUGCUUCAUUAUUUAUUGGAUAAUUGUUAAUUGACGAGAACAAAAUUCUAGCAGAGAUGCUACACAAAUCAAUGGCCAGUAUUUUGGGAACCUUCUUGCUUAGAUUUAUGACUUGUCAUGAUCCUAAAUUAUCUGGAUCAUCUUAGUCAGUCUAGACUGCUAUUUGGGCAUUUCAAAAUUUUUUGACUAUUUGCAACAUUGAAGGAAUAUCACAACACGUUUUUAAGAAGUUGUUAAUCGAGGAGGAAGUUGAGGAUGGAGUUCAAGAGAUUGUUAUGAUAUAUUGUAAAGGGGCUUCAUUCCAAGAUCAACAGAAACUAUUUUACUUUAUUGAAGGUUUCACAAAAAAGGAAUAAGCAUCAUAUAGAUUAGGGGCAAUAGUUGUUAUUAGUUAAUUCAUAAGAAGUUAUAAGAAGGAGUAUGCUUAAUAGAAUGUUUAUGAGAAUCUAUUGAAAACCCUAUUAGAAUCAGCUGAAGAUGACAGUGAUAAUGUGAGAGCUUAAGUGGCAUUUGGAUUGGGAGGAUUAUCAUAUUAUCUAAAAGCUGAUGAGACAAUUGAAAAGGAGUUAUUGUAAGAGAUUAUCGAAUGUUUAAUAAACUUAUUGGAUGAUCAACAAGAGAUUUGUGUGAGGAGUGCGAUGAUCAGUUUAUAAAAUUUGGUUGACUCUAAAACUGAUUUUAUAGCAUACCUUCAUUAAUUGAUUUUUACCACAACAGCUAAUUUUGAGAAGACAAUGACUAAGAUUAGAAUUUCUGCUUUUUCCUUGUUCUCAAAAUUGUGCAAUACUUGUUUUGUAGAGGAAAUAAUGAAUGAAUAAUUAAUGUCUUAUUUAAGAUAAGCAUUAGUAUCAGUGAUGCUUCAUUUGUUAGAUGAGAGUGUUCAGGUUAGAUAGGUGUGCAAGUUAGCUUUGGAACCAAUUGGAAACUUACUGCAAGCACCACUUUUAAAACAACUGUCAAAUAAUGAAAUCUAAAGUGAACUUGAGACGAGCCAUCUGGAAGAAAAUGAAAAAAUCAUAAUGAUAAUGACCAUAAAUUUGGAAUAAGAUCAUUUGAAUACCUAUAUCAAGGCAUUGAUUGAGUUUUGCAAAAGUCCUGAACAUAAUAUAAAAGGAGCAGCCUUGUUUAGUUUGAUUAUUCUUUUGGCCUUUAGAGAAGUAGGUGACUAUAGACCAUAAAUUGAAUAAUUAUGCAAGGAGAACAGUAAAGCAAAGUUGAUCACAAAACAAUUAGUGAUGAAGGCAGCGUACUAUUUAUGAUAUACCUAAAAAUAUAUAAGAAAUG